AUGGCAAGAAGUUACCCGGCCGAUACGAGAAUGCAGAAGGCGCUGGAAGAGCUGUACGAGAAAGAGGACAGAGCCCGUCUGUCCUGGUUUUUGCACUCGCAGGAGAAAGCCAUCACCGGCUUCCAGUCGCAUCACCGGCCUCGUGGGUCAAGGCCUGCAAACGACCUCAUCGGUCGACUCGACAACCCGCAGUCUGAAGGCCCGGAGACGGCAGCGACUUCGAGCAAACAGAUGGAACAGAAGAAGCCUGACAUUCAAACAGAAAUUGUUGCGCCGACAGACAGAGCCCUAGAGACGGAUGUAAAAAGCGUGUCGACCAGCGUUAAGCGGCUGCUCUACGAAGAAAUUGUUGCGCCGACAGACAGAGCCCUAGAGACGGAUGUAAAAAGCGUGUCGACCAACGUUAAGCGGCUGCUCUACGAAGGUCUCUCGAAAGAGGGCAAAGGCAGGCAAGUUGCAGACACACUACACCUCCCUUCCUGCUUCCUCAUAAAACCGCCUGUGCUAGAAAUCACUCCCUAUAAGACUUCUCUAGGCAGCUAA